UAUGAAUUCGUUUUCCGUCAUUAUAUUUUUAUAAACAUCGCAUUGAUUGUUAAUAUUUCCACAUAACCUUGUUUUAAUAAAAUAAAAAUGACAAAAACCGCCGAUAACGUGAACCCUAACGUUUACGAGAAGGGUUCAGAAAGGGAAAUCACGUCAACGGAACUUGAUGAAGACGUCUCGGAUGAUAUUGAUGAACGUGAAAUUUUCGACCUUAUACGUAAUAUCAAUGAUCCCGAACACCCAUUGACUCUUGAAGAACUACGUGUGGUGGAACAACAGAAUGUAUUCAUAGAUAAUAAACAAAAUUUAGUUCGAAUUUACUUCACACCAACGAUACCUCAUUGUAGCAUGGCUACUCUCAUUGGUCUGUCAAUCCGAGUGCAGUUAUUACGAGCCCUGCCGAGCCGAUUCAAAGUAACAGUGGAAAUUUCCGAAGGUACUCAUAUGUCGGAGCAUGCUGUGAACAAGCAGUUAGCAGACAAGGAGAGGAUUGCCGCUGCUUUGGAGAAUAAUAACUUAGUCCAGAUUAUAAACCAAUGUAUUUCGAGUUCUUGAUAAUAUAUUAUUCUGUAAAUAGUAUUAGAAUUUGAUACAGUUUGUAUCACAGAUAUAUAAGUAAAGUAUAUAAAUAAAAAUAAAAAUAUUCUUUAUUCAAGUAGGCAGACAGUUUGCAGAAAUGUAAAGCUAACACCGAUUUGAAAAGUAGAUUAUACCGAGAACUAUCGGCAAGAAACUCAGUAGAUAUACUUUUGCACCAUUUUAAUUAAAAAAAAAAAAGUUUUAUUACGAUAAUAUGAGUUCUUAGUCUUGUUUAGUUACUAUUAAUAAUAGUCGGCAUGAAUCGUGAGUUCGGCCGAAUAACAGUAGCCGAGUGACAAGUGAGUGUCCAAUAGACGACAAGCACAGACUGACGGACCAAUCACGUGCCUCGGCGUCCCCAGCUCCUUCGCUCCUCCAAACUAGGGGCACUCUCUGGUCAGCGCUCGACCGGUGCACAUCAGCGUUACAGAACUAUCGAUAGUUGACCUAGAAAAUCGACAGUAUUGACACGUGACAAUACUAUAGACUCGAUAGUCUAUCGAUGGUGGACUAUCGAUAUGCAACACUAGUGCACAUGUUGAAUCGUUACGACGCUGCAUAAAGUUGAUUAGAAAGUGUUUUAUUUAUUAUUUUACACAAAAUGUGUCGGACACCUAGUCGAUAUACAUACAUAUAUGUAGAUCUAAGGUUUGUUUAUUUCCUUCGGUUCGAAAAGACU